CUGCUCUUCUUGUGAAUGUACACAUUGCGCAUGCGCUGAGGACAGACCAUAGACUGAACAUUUUUUCACAGUCUAUGGGACAGACCUGGUGGUGUGUGAUAUAAACAUGGCGGGCAGCGACGAUAUCCUUUGCCUAUCUCCGGAGCUGGAGAAGGUGCAUAAAAUGAUCCUGGAAAAGGAGGACCUGUUUUCUCUCUCCUUCUGUAAAGUCUGCAGCGCUGUCCUACUUUCUAAGAAGCAGAGGUUGAGCCAUUAUACGGGUAGAAAACACGCCAACAAAGUGCGGCAGUAUAUCUCUCUGCAAAAUGAGAAAGAACUGCUCAUCAAGAAGCAGAAAACGUCCGACUCUCAGGAUGGGAGCAACGGCGACUUGGACAGGACAAAGGCCUGUCAGUUAUGCAACACCAUCUUCACCUCGAAAGCUGUAGCCGAGUCUCACUAUCAGGGCAAGUUUCACGCCAAGAGGCUGAAAUUGGAAAUGACUCAAGUAAAGCUUGCAGGUAAAGCCUCCAUGGCGGAUCUGCCAAAGGAAAAACCUGGACUUGUUGUAGCAAAUGUGAAGGGGAAGUACCACAACCCGGAACGCUUCUGCUCCAUCUGCGACGCCAGCUUCAACAACCCGCUCAUGGCACAGCAGCACUACAAGGGCAGAAAGCACAAAAAACGAAUGACGCGGGCCAAGCUGAUGGAGACGUACGGCUUCUCCUCCGCACAAACUCCCACACUGUUGAGCUUCAAGUGCGUCGCCUGCAACAUCGAGGUCAACUCUAUUAGUCAGUACCAGUCUCAUCUAAGCGGUGCCAAACACAGGAAUCAGAUGAAGAAAUCAGGUGGGAAGAACACGACGGAAAACCAGCAGUCACCAGAACACACGCAAGGAGGCAGCGAGCCCAUGGACGACCAGUACACACCUGCAGACGACCGGUACACACCUGCAAACGACCAGUACACACCUGCAAACGACCGGUACACACCUGCAGAUGAUGAGUACACACCUGCAGACGGCCGGUACACACCUGCUAACGACCGGUACACACCUGCAAACGUCCGGUACACACCUGCGGACAAUCGAUACACACCUGCUGACGACCACAAGACACCUGUGAACAACCGCUACACUUCUUUGGACGACCAGUACACACCUGGAGACGACCAGUACACACCUGGAGACGACCAGUACACACCUGGAGACGACCAGUACACACCUGGAGACGACCAGUACACACUUGCAGAUGACCAGUAUGGUUCUGACGAAGAGCAGUACUGCAUUGAGGAUGAACAGUGUGCCGUUCCUUACCAGUACACCCUCGAAGACGGCGAGUUCUCCGAGCUGCCGCAGUACACCUGAGACUGUCAACAAGCAGCCCCUUUAUCACACUUCCACACCCCAGCAGUUUACCUCUUCCUCUUUUUAUUUCUGUGCAAACCAUCAGAAGUAAACUUCAGUGUGGAAUCUAGAAAAACCGUCAUUGUGUUUCAUUUUUCUGAGGUUGUUCCAGAGUCUGACCGGAGCAGAGCUCCACAGGAAUUUCAUUUUCAUCCGUUUUCUGUCCAUCACUUUAAAAACAUGAGAGGAUUAAAAAAAAAAAGUGACUUCUCCUGUCAGAGUGCACGUCUCGUGCUUAGCGCUUGCAGAUGCUGUCACUUUUAACGCUGCAAAAUGUAAAAUAAAACAUAGGAUUGUUGGAAAAAGAAGCUGAAGACUUUUUCUACCUUCUCCAACCGAGCACGAAUGCAAAUGCUUGAAUUUCUGUAGCUUUAUUUCCUUUAAAGUUUCAGACUGAAUGAGUGAUUUGGAAUGAGAGGAACCUUGUCGUCAUGAUUAGGAUUGCAUCAAUGGUUUUUCAUGACAGCAGAAAGAAAUGAUAUAAAUACUUGAAGAAAGUGUUGAAGUGUAUCUUCAUCUGGAUGUUUGUUGGUUUGAGUUCAGGUCGACGUUCACCUGGAAGAUUUCUCCUCCAUGUUUCUUCUGGUGUUGGAGGAGAGUCCAGAUCUUCUUCAGUCAAACUCUGAUGAGAUCAGAGAAAAAUAAUGAAGGAUUUAUAGUUUAUUUGUGACAAA